UGAACCCUUCAACCAAAAAUCUGGGAGAUUUUUUUCUUCAAAGGUUAAAAUUCGGAUGCACCGAACGGCGACUCCCAGUUCACACUAGAUUUGAAUUUUGUUCAAUUUUGUCUUUGUUUUUUCAACUUCAUUGCCAAUUGUUUGAAAAAUCACUGUCUGUUGCAGAGACUGGGUUUCACUGUAAACAGGAAUUUGUGGGGAUUUCCGCCAUUGGAGGUAGCUUCUUCUCAGAAUUGUCGAGUUGGUGAUUCUCAGUUCGGAGACUAAAGGGUCGAUCUGGUUUAGGUAUUUCUCUUCUAUCCCCCAAAAGGGCCGAAGUUUUCGUGUGAAAUCAAUGAGCUUUACAGAGCUCAGUUUCUGUUAGUUCUCGCUCAUACUGUCUAUCCCAGUGGAAUGCCAUGGGUUUUGCCUAAUAUAAUUCAUCAUAUCUCCAUUUCUGCAUUUGGAUUUAAGACAUUUGGGAUUUUGAAGGCCAAGUGUAUGGCGGUUUAGUUUACAAAAUCGGUUUGGAACCCUAGAAAGUUCCGUAAUAUGCAGGGUUCAUAUAGUUCAACUGCCCAGCCGGAGGCCAUUGUCGAAUGGCUUCAGAAGGAAAUGGGGUAUCGGCCACUAGGUUCAUAUACCGCAUCGAGCAAAUCACAGUUGCCAUCGAUCGAUGCCCUUCGCAAAGUUUGUCGAGGAAAUAUGAUACCCAUAUGGAAUUUUUUGAUAACUCGUGUGAAAUCGGAGAAGACGGUGGAGAAUAUCAGGAGGAACAUAAUGGUACAUGGUGGUGGUGGUGGUGGUGGUGGAGGAGGUGAGAGCAGUAGUGGAGGGUCAGCUACUUCAGGGAAGGAAGAGGGCGGCAGGGGUAAAGGGAGGAGGAAGGAUAAAGUGGCUGCAGAGAGCUCAAGUGUGGUGGAGACUCGAGAAGUGGCAUUGCAGGAGAGGGAACUGGCAGCCAAGGAGGUGGAGAGAAUGAGGAAUGCUGUUAAAAGGCAAAGAAAGGAUUUGAAGGCCAGAAUGUUGGAAGUAUCAAGAGAGGAGGCUGAGCGCAAAAGGAUGCUUGAUGAGCGAGCAAAUUACAGGCAUAAACAGGUGAUGUUGGAAGCGUAUGACCAACAGUGUGAUGAAGCAGAAAAAAUAUUUGAAGAGUACCAUAAACGUUUACGGUUUUAUGUGAAUCAAGCAAGAGAGGCUCAGAGGUCAAGUGUGGACUCUUCCACUGAAGUGAUUAAUAACUUUAAUGCAAAUAUUGAGAGGGAAGCUGUUUAUUCAACCGUUAAAGGUAGUAAGUCAGCAGAUGAUGUGAUUCUUAUUGAGACUACUCAGGAAAGAAAUAUCAGGAAGGCUUGUGAAUCUCUAGCAACCCUCAUGAUUGAAAAGAUACGAUCUUCUUUUCCUGCCUAUGAAGGCUGUGGCAUUCAUUUCAACUCACAAUUAGAAGCUGCCAAAUUAUGUAUCAAUUUUGACGGGGAAAUACCCAAUGACGUUAGAACUGUUAUUGUUAAUUGCCUGAAGCAUCCUCCCCAACUGAUUCAGGCAAUUACAUCGUACACAUUACGGCUUAAAACUCUUGUUUCUAGAGAGGUAGAAAAAUUUGAUGUCAGAGCUGAUGCAGAAACCUUGAGAUACAAGUAUGAGAACAAUAGAGUUACGGAUGUCUCAUCGUCUGAUAUCAACUCACCGCUGCACUAUGAACUGUAUGGUAAUGGCAAGUUAGGAGUUGAUGUACCGUCUAAAGGAACUCAGAAUCAACUUCUUGAAAGACAGAAAGCACAUGUACAACAAUUUUUGGCCACUGAAGAUGCACUGAACAAAGCGGCAGAAGCUAGGGACAUGUGUCAGAAGAUUUUAAAUCGAUUACAUGGUAGUGGUGAUGUAAUUUCUUCUCAUUCCCUUGGUGUUGGAGGGACCUCACAAAAUGUCGGAGGUCUUAGACAAUUUGAGUUGGAAGUUUGGGCUAAAGAGAGAGAACUUGCUGGCUUGAGGGCUAGCUUGAAUACACUAAUGUCAGAAAUACAACGCUUGAAUAAGUUAUGUGCAGAAAGGAAAGAAGCUGAAGAUUCUUUGAAAAAGAAGUGGAAGAAGAUAGAGGAGUUCGAUGCACGCAGAUCUGAACUUGAAACCAUAUAUACUGCUCUUCUGAAGGCUAAUACAGAUGCUGCUAUAUUCUGGAAUCAGCAACAUUUAGCUGCAAGAGAGUAUGCUUCAAGCACCAUCAUCCCUGCAUGUACCGUUGUUUCUGAUAUUUCAAAUAGUGCAAAAGAGCUUAUUGAUAACGAGGUCUCAGCCUUUUAUAGAAGUCCUGAUAAUACCCUUUUCAUGCUUCCAUCAACUCCACAGGCACUGCUAGAAUCCAUGGGUGUAAAUGUAUCUUUAGGACCUGAUGCCGUUGCUGCUGCAGAGAAGAAUGCUGCCAUAUUGACUGCGAAAGCUGGUGCUAGAGAUCCAUCAGCAAUACCUUCUAUAUGCCGUGUUUCUGCUUGCCUUCAAUAUCCAGCUGGUUUGGAGGGGACAGAUGCUAGUUUAGCAUCAGUUUUGGAGUCUCUGGAAUUCUGCUUGAAACUUCGAGGCUCUGAGGCUAGUGUGUUGGAGGAGUUGGCUAAAGCAAUCAAUUUGGUUCAUAUAAGGCAGGAUCUGGUUGAAAGUGGUCAUGCAUUGCUAAAACACGCUCAUCGGGCUCAGACAGAUUAUGAAAGGACAACAAAGUAUUGCCUAAAUUUGGCCACCGAGCAAGAGAAAUCUGUCACAGAGAAAUGGUUGCCUGAGCUUAGAACUGCUGUUAUGAGCGCUCAGAAAAGCAUGGAAGAUUGCAAAUAUGUCAGGGGAUUGCUCGACGAGUGGUGGGAACAACCAGCAUCAACUGUUGUUGAUUGGGUCACUGUUGAUGGGCAAAAUGUUGCUGCUUGGCAUAAUCAUGUUAAACAACUUCUUGCCUUCUACGACAAGGAGCUCUUGUAGUUGAAGAAGCAUUGAAUUCUCAAUUCAAUUGAAGCUAAACUGGUCGGAUUUGCCCAAUUUGCUUGUAUCUUUGUACCACUAGUGUUAAAAUUCAUAACCACAUAAAACUGCAAGCAGGGCGUCUGGGAAUGUUGGUGGGAAAUCUUGUGUGAUUUUAGGCAAGGGAAAUGCAGAUGACACUGAGUUGAAGAGUGCAAUGGCCAAUAUCUCUAUGCUUUUCAUGAUGGACAUACAGUUAGAACUCCUGCUUCUUAUAAAAUCUUUAUGUGCUGCUUAUUCCAAUACUAUGUCUCAUAAGUUGGUCACUUGCAGGCGACGUCUGGCUCGAGUUUUUGCUGCUCGUUGUUUUUCCAGUUGCUUUAGUCCCUCAUUUUGUAUCUAAGAUAGUGUGAUAUUUCACCAUAGCAAUUCCUGAUUGUAAUUCUACUUAUUGUGUGAUUAAUGGUCAUAUUUCACCUCCAAGGCGCCUUUCUUUC